CCUAGACACGAAAUUACUAUUCAUUUAGACUCAAUUUUACUGUUCACCGUUCCCCCAUUGGUCCAAGCUCUGUGAUUGGGCCCGCCUGCGUUUUCUGAUUGGUUGGCUGCCUGCGUCUGGGUCCCGCCGUUGUUGCUGUGUGUGCCGCGUUGCCCUCAACUGGACGCUUAUCUUCACUACGAGUUUCGCGCGCGGCCUCAAAUCGAGUGUACUUUUCCUUUAUUAGUGAUGAUGGUGAUUCCCUCUGCCCGAGAAUUUUUGGGAACUUCACCAUCACUGUGAGGAGAUAAGGUUGCUGUUUGGGAGGAGUGUAAACAGCCAUUUUUCGCUGCAAACAGCCAUUUUUUCCAAAUCUUCUCCUUCUCUGACCUCUUCUCACCAUCUUCUCCUUCCCUCUUCCUCUCUUUGCGACCGCCAGAAUCUCCAAAAACCUCCGCGAUGAAGCAGCCAGCUUGCCAAAGAAACAGCUCCGUCAUGCGCUUCGAUCGACGGCCGAUCGUAUUCCUCUUUCCAACCCUCUCCCUCCUUCUUCGUCGUCUUCUUCUGCGAGGGACUAUUUCAGCACAAGGGACUUCGCAACCCUCAACGGUCUGGGCCUCCCCGUCGCCGCUGUUUACUUCAAUGCUAAACGCGAGACCGCUGCCCGACGGCGAUGAUAAAUGGAUUCUUCAUUAGCUUAGCUACCUGCCCGCCAGCCAUAGCUACUAGCUAGCCGCGACCAGGAAAAGAGUUAAUUGCCAUGGAGGAGAAAUAUCGACCGACCAUGUGUGAACCACGAUGUUGGUGGCGAGUUCUAAUUGAUUCGGGUGAGUUUUGGUAUUUCUUUCUCUCUCAGAGUCUCUAAAUCGGUUUGAUGUGGGGUUUUCAUGGUUGAUUGCGCAUCUUACUUUCAGAUAUUCUCUUGGAUCGCAAGAACCCGCCGUCGCGAACUCAGGUCUCUCUCCCCCCCCCCCCCCUCAUCGGAGGAAUUCCCACGGCAUGUAGUUCUGUGGUGGAUGCAGGUACGAAGAUUGUUCCUUCCAGGUUUACAGUCGUCGGUCUUUCUCAUGAACCCCAGCUUCUUCAUCUCUCUCUAUUCUAAAUUUCGUUGACACGGCCCGGAGAGCAACCGUCGUCGGCGCCCGCUCGCCGUUCACGCCACAUAUUUUCGUCCGUUUUUCCUGGGAUUGGUUGGCGAACAUGGGAGUUCCACUCAUGAUGCUGAACAGAACCAGAUCUGCCGAUUCGGGUGAGUUGCUUAGCUUUGUGCCUUUUUAUUCUUUCAGUCCCUUUUGCUAUGGAAGAUUAUUGAUCCUCGCAGGUAUUAUCUCUUCUGUUUUUAUGGUCCCUCUAUCUCGAUUUCUUUGUGUUGUAGCAGUUAUAAUCUCUGCUUUCUUCGCUUUGAUCGCAGGGACACUUUCUUGCGUCAGGUCCUUUUGGAUGAUUCGCUGGUAGGUUAGGGGAAUGGGUUUUUACCGCUUAAUUCAGGUUGAAGAAGCUAUUGUGCUUGCGCUGGCACAACAACGACGUGCAAAUUCUGUUCGGCAAUUAAUCACAGAGCUCAAAUCACCAGGUGAUCCGAAGUAUAUGGAGGCAUUUAAACUUAGCCCAGAAGAGUCUGAAGAUGUGCUUUUCAAGGAGGCUUGGCUGACGUACUUCUGGGGGAGAGCUAAAGCAAACGGAGUGGAGGAGGAGAUUGCAAAGGAGCGGCUUCAGUUCUGGAUCAACAGGAGCAAGCACUCACCGAGUUCAUACGAUGCUGUCGAUGUGGAGCAAGGUCUGAUAGAGAUGAAGAAGUUGGGGUUGGAGUAUCGGCUAUGGGAAGCAUCGCGGAGAGAGAUAGAGGAUCUUGACAGCAACUCUUCACGGAGAUAGCCGAAGCAAAAACCAAGGAAAGAGGCCACACUGCGUCUGUAAAGUUUGUUGUUUCUUUUCGUUGUUUCAUGUGCGGGCAGUAACUAGAGAGUGUGUAUUAUACGUCAUGAUUGGCAGGUAGCUGCAUGUAUCAUCCUUUUUCCCCGUUUCCAGCUGAUCAUUCUUGAUAGUAGCUUUGGGAGGAAGUUAAAAAGGAAAAACGAGCGAAAGGAGCGAAAAGAGAGAAAUUUUGCAAGGGAAAAGGGUGGAUGAGAACACUACCCCUUUUGUUACUUUGUGGGUGGAAGGGCAAGGAGGGACAUGAACGAAAGUGAAGGAAUUUCUGUGCAAUUAGAUUUGUACAUAUGAUUUGAAUUGUGACAAAACAAUUCAGUCUAAAAUAUAUGAGAAUACAUUUCUCAAAUUUAUUAGAGAUGGAGAGAUUAAAAAUUCACUGUUAUGCAUAUUUUUCACUUUUUCUUAUGCAGGGAGGGUUCUGGGUGGCCCGAGUUUUUGUGAGCAUCCAACUCACAGUUUUCUGCCUGCGCCAUCACUGCUUUGUGGAUUCGGGUUUUGGUUUAAGGUGAUUGUUCUAGCUCUUUCAAUUGGGUUUAUUUUCUGUUUACGAUUCGCCGUUUGAUUCUCCCAAAACUUUUCUCCGCUGAAAGCUCUAAUCAAGUUGUUUCCCUCCCAUUCUCACCUGCGAGCAGCAGAAUCGCUAAUCAAGUUGUUUCCCUCCCAUUCUCAUCUGCGAGCAGCACAAUCGCAGAGGAGAGGAAAUUCAAAAGAGGGUUCAGGCCUUUCCAAAAAAAAAAAAAUAGAGUUGAUCGACGUGUAAGCAGCUGCACUUCUCUCCUAAAAAAACCCCAAUGUCGGAGCAAGAUGGGAGUUAGGUCCGCGUCAUCAGCGGCAAGGUCAGCUCCGUAGUGUUAGAUGAAUGGAUGCACGAUGGCGCGGAUUCAGUGAGGAAUGCCUCAACAGGUGACUCACUCUUUUCAGUUCAUUCUCCCCAGUUAGUUAUCCCAUUCUUCUUUUCUUUGAUCAAUUACUCUUGCUUGCUGUUUUUGCAGUGUAUAUCAGCGGUCUAGACUUUGAACUAUCAAGGACACUAGAUCGUAACUGGCAAAUUUUUGCUAAAACUGUUCUUUCUUACUCUCCUCUUUAGCUUCACGCUUCAAUUCUUUGUUUUAUUUGCUCAAUUUCUUACUGAUGGGUUCGUUUUUUAUUUGAAAUCAUCUUUUGGUGUGCUGCUGUGGAAUCAUGCUGGGAGCUACGAUGUGAAGGUCCCAAUAGGAACAAAAUUAAUUGUAGGGUUCUAAGCAAUGCUUUCAGGUAAGUCUUGAAUCUUAUUCCACUGGGCUUUCUCUUAUCAAGGUUAUUCCAAUUAGGACGGAAGUCUGAUAGGUUUUUUUCUUUGGACGUAUGGAUCACGAAAUAAUGGACUGGGUUGUUUAGAUUGAGGAAAGUAGGCUCUAGAGCAGUGGACAGUGCCAACUUUCCAUUUUGUUCUUCACCCUCUUAACAAUGGCAUGUUCAGGGUAAAUGUAGCAUUCUCGAGUAGCCAUGUUUAGCAUCUGAACAUACACAUUUUGCAGGUGAAGGAAUAACGAAUAGCCUUUUUUUUAAACUAUUGGCGCCCCAACCACAAAUUCCAGUUGCUGCUUGACCCGCCACCGACACUAAUUUGUCUAUCAGGAAAGGGGGCUUCUUCUUCAAGUUAAGUGCCUCAAUCAGAAAGUAGUACUACCGUUUCUCUGCUGUCUCUAUUAUGCUAUGCAUACAGUCCAUUAUUUCGUGAUCCAUAUCAACAGUUUAGAAGAGGAGGAGAGGGUUGUUUAGAUUAAAAAUAAUAUGUCUUUCUCUUCGAUGGGUUUAAUGUGAGGUUUUCAUGGUUACUUCGCCAUCUUACUUUCAGAUGUUCUUUUGGACGUACCAUCUUCAUCGAUGAGGGGAGAACUUCUUAUGUCACACCCAGAUUCAUAGGUCUUUUCUGGUUGGACUUGAUUUUGUCUCUUUCGUCUCUUUUUCUCUAAUGGAUAAACUUGAAGUGACCAGGGGAGAUCCUAUUCCGCAAGGUCUGUUGUGUAUUUCUUUGAUGCAAUUUCCCCCUUCUUUUGUUAUAUGAGUUGGUUUGCCCUUUCUUUCUCAAAAUGUGUUGUUUGAUCAAUUUUUUGAAGGAGAUUUCGGCACCGGAAGUCUGGAAGGUGGCCAUUGAAUUCCAACGAGGAGCAGCAAUCCGAAGAUCUGUGCUUAGGUUAUAGAUCCACGUUGGAUAGGACCCGCGGUGGUGGGAACGUGAUUCACGACGAAGGGAAACCAGAUUUGCCAACUCAUAAGUUUAAAGUGAGAAUUUGAAUGUUUUGCUGGUUUUUUGGGUGCAACCUGGUGAUCCGUAAAGAUAUGUGGUGACUCUUACACUCAGGACUCUCCUUCCUAUUCAAAUGCGCCAUCUUAUUUUAUAGUUUCAUUUUGAACACCUGUCAUCUAAUAAUCUGUAGUUUGUUCA